GAUUGGGGGCCUUGUUCCACUUGCGCACACGCCACACUAAUCCACACACAUGCGCCCUUUCUCACCCUCUCUCUUUUCACGACGGCCGCUCUCCAUCUAUCUUGGCUGGGGAUUUGCAUUGCGCAUGGGAGGUGCUGCCGUUCCGUGUAGAAGACGGGCUACUCUGUCGCCCAUAGCCCAUCUGGUCUGAACAGGCCCAUCCUGUCUGUCUGUCUCCCUGGCCCCAUGACGGCCACGCGGAGCCGGGCCACGCAGCUGUCAAGCCGCAACAUGCAGGUGCCGGUGCAUUCUGGUGCUGGCCGCCCGGCCUGGUUCUGGCCCUCGAUCAUUUUUUGACUUUCCUGCUGGCCAUCUCAUCGCCCUGCUCCGUACACCUCGCCCGUAGGACCAGGCUAACAGAUCCGGACUGCCUGACUGCCUGACUGCCUGCCUGCCUGCCUGCCUGCCUUACCUAAGACGUCCCAUACCCAAGCCCGUGGUCCAUGGUCCAUGGUCCAUGGCCCAUGUUCUAUGGCCCAUUUGCACGCUCGCAUACCCCGUACCUUAAAGCCAUACCCAUGCAUACCCAUGCCCAUCCACACCCAUACCUCGACUCGCCCUUUUCCACACUCCUCCCAUUCCCUCCCGAUAUAACGUCUCUUCUCAACUUCCACCUUGCAUCACCCACCAAUUUUCCCUUGUUCAUUUGUUUGCUCCUCGCGCCUUCAUCCCGGCACUGCUCGCAGCCCAUCAUCCACCAUCCACACUGCGGCUCUACCUGCCCGGUCUUCCUUACUCUUGUGCUCUUUAUUUCCUUGACCAUCCUAGCACCACCACCACCUUCUUCACACCAUAACCACCACCACCCUCUCUCUCUCUCUCUCUCUCUCUCUCUCUCGCCCCAGCUGGAAUACCUUCACUCUCUCACCCGGCCCACAUCCAUCUGCACGCUCCAAGGCCUUACCCAGCGUGUUCCAUCCACAUUGCCGCAGAUCGCAUUUCUGCCAAAUCAGCCAGCUCCGCGGUUUUGGUGUUCCUCCUGUCCGUCCGUAUGGACUUCGACCGCCACAUGUAACCCUCCCCCCCCCCCAAAUUUUUGGACUUGUGCUGUGUGAGUGAGCCGCCCUGGUCACCUCGCGGCGCCGGCAGGAAACGACAAGGUCGGCGCCUCGCUCCCACCAAAUCUCUCUUCCUGUGCCUCUCACCCUGCUUUGGACAACGGCGCCCUGGCCACACCCGUAAUCAUGGCCCCAAAAUCCCAACCACAUCCCGCGGGCACAGAAAGCCCUUCGCUUCCCACCGCUGCAACAUCGUCAAAGGAGGGCUCCGAGGCACCCACCUCCAGUAAGCAAUCCAGAAACGCCUCGCCCUCCUCAGCUUCUGGUGUGCCGCCCAAGAGAGCAGACUCUGAGACAGCGCCUGGUAAAGCCACAUCCACCUCUCAGCCCAUGACCAAAUCCUCUUCCUCCUCGUCAGGGUCGAACCCCCCGGACGCCAAGGACGCAGCCACUGGUCCAUCGCCAUACGGCACGCGCUCCCGCGGCAGGACUGGCCGGGCACGCCCUAAUUACGCAGAGGACAAGGACAUCGACUCGGACCUUUUCGAUGCAGCCCCCGAGCGGAAGGACGAUGGCGAUGCCAAAAGAUCCACAAGACAGGCAAACCCCUCGUCUGCCACGGCCCAGGACAACCUGCAGUCCGGAUCUUCAUCUUCGUCAUCAUCUUCGUCACGGAAGCCUCUGCCCUCCUCAGACGACGGGAAGCACGGUGGCUCCGCAGCGGCCGCCGCCACCACCCCCGUCACCACAACCACCACCACCUCAGCAGCCAACAAAGAAUCACAACAGCAGCAGCAGCAGAGUCAAGCUAGCGCAUCAGCAACACCUGCCCCUUCUGCAAACCCUGCAGCUUCUUCGCAGACAUCCAAGAAGCGCAAGGCCGGAAACCCAGGCAGCUCAUCAGCUCUGAACCAGCAGGCCGCCCCGGCGAGUUCAGGAUCGUCGGGGGCUGCUCACAGAAAGUCGCUUGGUGGUGGCGGCGGUGCUGGUGGCGCCAGCGGUUAUGCCGAGACAAACAUGAUGAGUUUCGAGGAGUGCCAAGGCAGGCCCAAGAACAAGACGCUCACAGCGGAUGAUGGGACCAUCCUGGCAGUAAAUGACCACGUCUACCUGAUCUGCGAGCCGCCUGGUGAGCCAUAUUACAUUGCGCGGAUCAUGGAGUUUUUGCACUCCAAGAAUGAUGCAACGCGCCCGGUGGACUCUGUCAGGGUCAAUUGGUUUUACCGACCAAAAGACAUUGGGCGCAAGGCCCAGGAUACGCGGAUGCUGUUUGCGACGAUGCACUCCGACAUUUGCCCUCUAAACUCGCUGCGCGGCAAGUGCACGGUGAGGCACAAGGCAGAGAUCCCCAAUGCGGAAGCGUACCGCAGGAGCCCAGACUGUUUCUGGUGGGACAAGAUGUACGACCGCUACAUCCAAAAGAACUACGACGCAAUCCCCACCUCGCAAAUCAUCAACGUGCCCGAGCGGGUCAAGAAGGUGCUGGACGAGCGCUGGAAAUACAUCCUGGUGGAACAGGGUCGUGGAAAGGAACUUACCAGCGCCGUGAAGUCAUGCAAGCGAUGCAGCGGCUACUGUGCAAGUGCUGAUUCGGUUGACUGCGGGUUCUGUAAGAACACCUACCACAUGCAAUGCGUCCGGCCGCCGUUGCAGAAGAAGCCCGCUCGCGGCUUUGGCUGGGCUUGCGGGCCCUGCAACCUGGCCCAGGAGAGGAAGCUUGAGGCUCUCAACGCACCCCAUCUCCAUCAUGACUCCGCCGGCCAUGUCAGCGCCGAGGACGAAGAACUGCUCGAGGAGGAGGAGGAGGAGGACCCUGUGCAGGCGAACACGAACCGCACAAGCCCCGACGUGGAGCACGACCACCCACCCCCAACUCAGGAGCAGAUCUACCAGGCUAGCCUCUGGCCAUUCAGGUAUCUCGGCAUGCACUGUAAGUUAGAAGAUGCUCUGGACUACGACGACCGCAUCUACCCCCGUGCCAGUUCCAGGCUGGGGCCUCGGCAUCAGGCCACUGUUGGAAACUGGCCAGGCCGGCCCGUGGAGUUCGUUAAGACCCUGGAGAUCAAAAAGACUGGUCGCAAGGAUGGCCGUCACUCCAAGGAGAUCCAGGCUCUGCUUGAGAAGGAGAAGCGGGAGCGUGAAACGCGGCCCAAAUGGGUGCAAGACGAACCAUUCUCCGGCUAUGUUCCACGUGGGCUCGAUGUCGACGAGGAUGACCCAAACUCGACAUCGACGUGUCUCUGGAAGCCUGCCGAGGACGUAGAUGGAGAGCCCGUCAAAGACGCUGACAACGACUUGAUCAUCUCCGAAGCUGGGAUCGACGACUACAUGGACAGGGCCAGAUCUAUGACGAAGGAACUCGGCCUGCCCGACCGGAGUACGAAUCUGGAGGAUAUUGCCAGAGAUCUUCUAUACAAGAAUAAUUACAACGCAGAGGAGGCACUCCGACAACUUGCCAAGACGGACAAAUCGCUCUUCAAAGAACCCGAUUUGACCGCGACGGAGCAGAAGAAAUUCGAGGAGGCUGUGGGAAGGUUCGGCUCUGAGCUCCAGAGCGUCAGAAGACACGUCAAAUCGGUGCCCCACAAGUGGAUCGUUCGCCAUUACUAUAAAUGGAAGAAGACGGCACAGGGCAAGAAAAUCUGGGGAAAUCACCCGCAGCGGAAGGGGAAGAAGGAGAUCAAGCGUGCGCAAGCAGAGGCCAGCAAGGCCGCGGACGAGGUAGCGGAUGACCACGAUGAUUCGGCUUUUGACACCGUCAAGGCAAAAGACCGGAAGAAGAACUUCAUGUGCAAGUUCUGCAACACCAGGACAUCACGACAGUGGCGGCGCGCUCCAAAUGUUUCAUCCGCCGUGGUCAUCGAAAAUGGUGGCAAGAACAAGGACAAAGGCACACCAUUCGUUGUGGCUCUUUGUCGGAGGUGUGCUGAGCUCUGGCGGCGCUAUGCCAUUCAGUGGGAGGAUCUGGACGAGGCGGCCAAGAAGCUCGCUGGAUCCGGCGCCCGAUCAUUGAAGAAGAAGAUCGACGAGGAGCUAUACAAGGAGCUGCAGGCAGCUGACGAGCGGAUGAGGGCAACCAAGUAUAGAUCACCCGAACCUUCAGUACCCCCACCAAACGCAGCGGCAGCCUCCGCGACCCAAACAACAGGACCCCAGGAGCCGCCUCGCAAGAAGCUCAAGUCCGAGCGAGACCCGGAGCCCGCGCUGCUGGAGACAGGAGGCAUGGGCAGUGCUGCCGUGACCAAGAAGAAGGAGAAGGAGAAGCCGAUUGAGAAGCCCGCCCCCCCGCCUCCGCCGCCGAUGCCCAAGCCCAAGACGAUGCCCUGCAGUAUCUGUCGCCAACUCGAGCCUCUGGGAGACCAGCACCUGUCAUGUAGGGAGUGUCGGAUGACGGUGCACCGCAACUGCUACGGCGUGAUUGACAACCGGCAAAACGGAAGAUGGAUCUGCGACAUGUGCUCAAACGACAAGAACCCGCAAAUCUCCCUGCAUUACAAGUGUGUGCUUUGCCCUGUCGAAAGAACCGAGCAUGACUUUGUGGAGCCUCCAAAGAUAUCUCACAAGAAGAAAUCCGAAAAGGAGCGCGAGCGCGAACGACUGGAGAAGGAGUCUGCUCAGAAGGCAGCCGAUUUCUACCGAAAACUCCAGGAGGAACUCGGCCGACCGGUAGACCCCAGGGAACCGCUGAAGAGGACAGCAGACAACAAUUGGGUCCACGUAACCUGCGCCGUCUUCACCCCCGAGGUGAAAUUCGCAAACGCCAAGGCCCUCGAGCCCAGCGAGGGCAUUCCCUCAAUUCCCCGGUCGCGUUAUCAAGAAGUGUGUAAAGUCUGCAAGCAGCAGGGCGGCGCUUGUGUACCAUGCCACAAUCCAACUUGUCGGACGACAUUCCAUGUAGAGUGUGCCUACCAACAGGGUUAUGCUGUCGGGUUCGAUAUCACUCCCGUCAAGGGGUCACGUCGGGACCAGCACAACAUUGUCAGCAUUGGCUCUGAAAGUGGGACUAUGACAGCGGCAAUCUGGUGUAAAGACCACGUGCCAAAGAGCGUCAUUCACCACAUCGAAGACGUGGUCGAUGAGUCCGGCUUGAAUGCGCUGCAGCUCUAUGUGCGGAACUUCAAGCAGGCUGAUCUGGCGCUGUCAGGCUGUGCUCGCAAGGCCAACCUCAUCCCGGCGGCUGCGAGGCCGGUCACUGCUGCAACGACCACGCCAAUCAACCGCAGGGCCUCCACCACCACGCUUGUGCCUGCAACGUCGCCAGUUCAGGUCAACGGGGCGUUCAAGGAGGAGGUGCCUUACAUCAUGCAGCCAGCUGGAAAGGUCUGUAUUACUUGCGGCACCGACGUCAGCCCCAAAUGGCAUUCGAUCGACGCGUCGCAGGGACUGCUCCUGGUUAAUGGCCAUAGUGGCAGCUUGGGCGAGGAGGCUCAAAAGUUUGUGGCACAGCGCAACUAUCAAUGUCACAAGUGCAAGAAGGCCAAUCGACGUGUCGAGCCUCAGCCAGUCGUCAAGCAGGAGGCAUCUCCCCCACCUGUCGAGGCCGUGAGGUCGCCUCCCCCUACAAUCCAGGCCACCGCGAGUCCACAAAACUUGAUGAGCGUCAGGAAUAUUGCGCCGCAACCAUGGGAUCGCCCUCCUCGCCAGACCUCGUCGGAUGCCCCGGCAACACAACCUCCCCCGAUAGCUGCAACGAGCCACGGGCCUGCUUUCGGCCCCCCUCCUGGGCCGCUUUCUGUGCAAGCCCCGGCUCCCAUUGCUGCCCCCAUCGCGGCACCCAUGGUGCAGGCUCCCCAACAACAUACACAGCCGCCGCCGCCGUUGGCGCAGCCAAUCGCUGCCCCGCCGCUGCAAUCUGCCUUGCCACCGCGAGGCCCUCCUUCACAUCAAUAUCCACCACCUCACACACCGCCGUAUGGUGAAUGGCGUCGACCAUCAUCGCAGCACGGGUCUCAUCCUCCUCCGCCGCCGCCGCCGUCCCAGCCACACCACAUGAACGGGGCGCAUACGCAAAUACCACCGAGCACGGUGCCACCGCUGGCCCCGCCUAAUCAUCUGCGACCGCCGCCACUGUCAGGCAUCCCCCCGCCCCCGCCACCUCUGCAGAACAGCCAUGCUCUUGGCCACCAUUACGGUCCCCAGCCGGCAGCUAACGGUAUGCCGCCGUCGCCGAGGGGCAUGGGAGGGCCACCGCCUCUGACGAAUGGGGGCCCCUACUUGCCUCAGCACCAUCAGCCCCACUCGGUCCAUCACCAGCCUCCUCCACCUCCUCAUCACCUUACAAAUGGCGGGCCUCCGCCGCGUGCAGCAGAACACCCGUUCACUCAUGGUCUCCAUCCCCAAAGAUCCCCAUUCUCAACGCCUCACGGCAGCCCUCCCGUCACGAGGGAUACCGUCAUGGCCGGCCGGGAGACAAGCAUGCCACCGCGGGCACCAGAUAACCGACAGCCCAGUGGAGCAUCCGCAAGUCCAUCAUUGCGAAAUCUGCUACACUAAGAGUCCAACGAUCCGAUUGAGUCAUGUCGAGGCUAUCUGGUAGGCUAGCCACCUUCAGGAGUGAACUCAUCGAGGCAACUCACCAACCGGUCGAAGCAAAAAAGAGAGAAAAAAUAGACAACACACCUGGAGCCACAAUCCUUCAGCAGCGAAUGAGAACUUGGCCUACGUCAGGCUUUUCACGUCUUAAUCACAACAAGCGCUGCUUAUUUUUGUCGUCUUGUAUGCCAGAAGAGGUUUCACAGGUCGCGUGUAGAAUUAUUGUAUCCCAAUGAGGGUAUUUUUAGAUACUGGUCAAGUUCGUCGGCCGAAGACGGAGAGGCUGGAAGCAGACGGAUUCGAAUGAAUGAAUCGGUCGUACUACCAGGAGGAAUGACGUCGAGAGGACCAAUGUAGGCAUUGCCUCAAGAUGGCAUAGAAAGGCGCCGUCAGGGCUUCAGGCCUGGACCGGCAACAAUUGAGAAAUACUUC